AUGUUCGGCGGCGGUGCUGGCCGACGAACUCAUGCUACAACCACUGCACCCGUUCAUCACCACCAGCGUCGACCUUCCAUGAAGGAUAAGGUCAGCGGCGCCCUCCUCAAGCUCAAGGGUAGUUUGACUCGCCGACCUGGUGUCAAGGCUGCUGGUACUCGACGCAUGCGCGGUACUGAUGGCCGUGGUGCGCGUCACCACCGCUAUUAG